AUGGGGAUAGCUGUCUCAUCUAGUCAGGCUGUGACGCUCCUCUGCGGUCUCUUGGGUCUUUAUAUCAUCAGGAUUGUCACGACAUAUGCCAAGUUCUCGAAAUUCCGGGGCCCUUUGGGAACCGGCAUCUCAAACUGGCCGCAUAGCAUGGCGAUGCUUCGAGGAAAUUGUCACGAGUGGUAUGCAGAAGUCAACAAGAAAUAUGGUCCGAUCGCUCGUGUCGCACCCCAAGUGCUAAUCACAUCCUCUCCCGAAGUUUGGAUGCACGUAAACAAUAAGCCUGGCUACAAGCGCUCAGAUUGGUACUACAGGGCUACACGAAUCGAGUACCGGAGGGAUAACGUGUUCAGUCAGACGGAUAAUGUGAAACACGACAAACGGAGGAAGCAGAUGGCUCCAGGGUAUUCGGGGAGGGAAAAUACCCAGCUCGAGGGCUCUGUAGAUGAACGACUCCAAGAUUUACUAAACCUUAUCCGGUCCAAAUAUAUCUCGUCCAAUCGUCAUGUUGUACCCAUGGACCUAGCAAAGAAGGUUCAAUACUUUACACUCGACGUUAUUAGCAGCGUCGGCCUCGGAAAAGCGUUUGGUAUGUUGAAGAGUGACCAUGACGUGGACAACUACCUCCAGUCGAGUGAGGAGGGACUUGCUAUCAGCCAUACCGCCCUUGCCAUGGGCUUCAGCUCGAUCACCCAGAUGCCCUUCAUCGGCAGGUUCAUUGCAGCUUCACCCAAGGAUAACAACGGCUUCGGUAGGAUGAUGGCUGCGUCUUUCCGCAUUGUCGACGCGCGCGCCGCGGAAUCCACCAACGAAAGAUCUGAUAUGUUAGCUUCCUUCAUCCGCCACGGCUUAUCAGGUGACGACUUGCGUAGUGAAGCACUGGAGCAAAUUAUCGCGGGCUCCGAUACCACUGCUGGUGCCAUCCGCGGCACACUUCUAUACAUCAUUACCAAUCCCCGGGUUUACUUAAAGCUACAGCGCGAGGUUGAUGACGCCGUGCGUAGCGGCGGUGCUCCGGGCAUAGGCGAAGGUCUUAUUACUGCUGCCCAGGCUAAGAAUCUUCCGUACCUUCAGGCCGUGAUACGCGAAGGUAUACGAGUCAGGCCGCCCGUUGCAAACAUCCUCCCGCGCGAUGUUCCGACAGGUGGUGACACUAUUGUCGUUGAUGGUGAGAGCAUAUUCGUACCAGGUGGCGUUUGCAUCGGGUACUCGUCAUACGGCAUGCAUAGGAGCGAGGAUAUCUAUGGCAAGGAUGCAGAGGCUUUCCGACCCGAGCGGUGGCUCGAAGCGGACCCUGUUAAGUUGGCUGUCAUGGUUCGGACCAAUGACCUCACAUUCGGCCACGGCAAAUUUCAGUGUUUAGGGAAGCCAGUGGCCCAAAUUGAGAUUGGGAAAAUGAUAUUCGAGCUCUUACGCAACUUUGACAUAGCACUCAUCAGCCCGACCCGUCCCUGGGAUGCGCGGAACUACCUCGGACUUUUCGCUAUUUCAGAUAUGUGGGUGCAAGUAAUGGAGCGAACGACCUCUUUCCCUUGA